CCUUUCCGCUUCCGGGGCCGUCCUUUGGCAGAUCUGGCAUUUAAACUCCCGCCGCCGCCGCUGCCGGGCUGAGUCUUUUCUCUCUCUCUCUCUCUCUCUCUGCCUCCUUCCUUUCCUUUCUUUCCUUCUUUCCUUUUCUUUCCUUCUUUUCUUUCUUUCGCGGCGAUGUUCAGCUGGCUGGGGGGCGACGACCGGCGGCGCAAGGACCCCGAGGUCUUCCAGACGGUGAGCGAAGGCCUGAAGAAGCUCUACAAGGCCAAGCUGCUGCCGCUGGAGGAGCACUACAAGUUCCACGAGUUCCACUCGCCCGCCCUGGAGGACGCCGACUUCGACAACAAGCCCAUGGUGCUGCUGGUGGGCCAGUACUCCACGGGCAAGACCACCUUCAUCCGGUACCUACUGGAGCAGGAUUUCCCUGGGAUGCGGAUCGGACCCGAACCCACGACGGACUCCUUCAUUGCGGUGAUGCAGGGUGACGUGGAAGGGAUCAUCCCUGGCAAUGCGCUGGUUGUAGAUCCCAAGAAGCCCUUCCGGAAACUCAACGCCUUCGGCAACGCCUUCUUGAACAGAUUUGUGUGUGCUCAGCUGCCAAAUGCAGUCCUCGACAGCAUUAGUGUGAUCGACACCCCUGGAAUCCUCUCCGGAGAGAAGCAAAGGAUUAGCCGAGGCUACGAUUUUGCCGCUGUCUUGGAGUGGUUCGCCGAGCGGGUAGACCGCAUCAUUCUCCUCUUCGACGCCCACAAACUCGACAUCUCCGACGAGUUUUCGGAGGUCAUCAAAGCCCUGAAGAACCACGAGGAUAAGAUGAGAGUAGUCCUCAACAAGGCCGACCAGAUCGAGACCCAGCAGCUCAUGCGGGUCUAUGGGGCCCUGAUGUGGUCGCUGGGGAAGAUCGUCAACACCCCCGAAGUCAUCCGGGUUUACAUCGGAUCCUUCUGGUCUCACCCAUUGCUGAUCCCGGAUAACCGUAAACUCUUCGAAGCCGAGGAACAGGAUCUCUUCCGGGACAUCCAGAGUCUCCCCCGGAACGCGGCGCUUCGGAAACUGAACGACCUGAUUAAAAGGGCCCGUCUGGCCAAGGUUCAGGCCUACAUCAUCAGCUCUCUGAAGAAAGAAAUGCCCUCCGUCUUUGGCAAAGACAACAAGAAGAAAGAGUUGGUCAACAACCUGGGCGAGAUUUACGGCCGGAUCGAGAGAGAGCAUCAGAUCUCACCUGGAGAUUUCCCCAAUUUAAAAAAAAUGCAAGAGCAGCUCCAGGGUCAAGACUUCAGCAAAUUCCAGCCCCUGAAAGCCAAGCUGUUGGACGCGGUGGAAGACAUGUUGGCCCGCGACAUCGCCCAACUGAUGGUCUUGGUGCGCCAGGAAGAAUCCCAGAGGCCGGCCCAGAUGGUCAAAGGCGGCGCCUUCGAAGGGACGCUCCACGGCCCCUUCGGACAUGGCUACGGAGAAGGAGCCGGAGAAGGCAUCGACGACGCCACCUGGGUGGUGGCCCGUGACAAGCCCAUGUACGACGAAAUCUUCUACACCUUGUCCCCCGUCGAUGGGAAGAUAACCGGGGCCAACGCCAAGAGGGAGAUGGUGAGGUCCAAGCUUCCCAACACCGUGUUGGGCAAAAUCUGGAAACUCUCCGAUAUCGACAAAGAUGGGAUGUUGGACGACGAAGAGUUUGCCUUGGCCAACCAUCUUAUCAAGGUCAAGUUGGAAGGCCACGAGCUUCCCAGUGAUCUACCGCCUCACCUCAUCCCACCGUCCAAGCGGAAAAUGGCAGACUGACCGACCUCUGGAACGCCGUCGGGGGAGAUGGGAAAGGUUCCUGUCUUGGGUUUUUUUGAACCUCUGGAGAUGCGCAAGGUCCACCUCCUGAUGGGACAACCCUACCUGAGAAGACAAAAUCGGAGAUAGACCUCAACCGUGCUUUGUUGUCAUGUUAUGCAACUCUCUCUUCUUGAUAUCAUAUCUUGUGGCCUGGUCCCUGUCUAUCAAAGGAAAGUCACGGUAGACCUUCGAGAAGAACCUCUGUUGGCCUUCAACCAAGGGCUUGAGUUGGAUUGGAUUCAUCUUCAACCAGUUGAAUUGAGCCUUGUAAACUAAGUCAACCCCUUGGAUGAAAUCCAGGACUUCAAAUUUACACUUCGGUGUAUUGGAAAACGUCUUGAUGUUCAACCUUCCUGGCCUUUGGUGAAGACUCGGGUUACCGAUACAUCUACCCCAUGACUUGGCCUUCAGCCCAUUGGGAACCCGUGGUCCGUCAGAAACGCCUUCUUCUCGCAUUUAUCUUCAAGGAUGAUGCAAAGUCUCCCCGAAGACCAUGCUGGAAAUUAGAACUUGGUGGUCCAUUCUCAAUCGUGAAAGGGGGACCUCUAAGAUUUAAUGAGCGGCAAAGGUUGGGUUUGGUAUACCCCUAAAAGUUCACAAUCAAAAGGGUUUCUGGAAGGUUGAACCUCAUCUAGAUGAUCAAUGUCACCAGAGUAUCUCCAACUUAGGUCAUGGCCAAGCUCUUCCAACCCGUAAAACGAGUUAGAUCUUCCCCUCCAGAUAAGACGAACCUACAAUCGUUGCCUUUCAUCCUACACAUGCACAACGUUAAAAACCGCAUGUCAGCUCCGUUGUGAUAUCCGCUUGUCAGCCAACCCUACAACAAAUCACAACCUUCCUACCCCGAUGUUGCCUCCGAAAAACCUUCUGUCCCGCGAGGAGACCAUCUCGCUCUUAGAUGGUCUCUUCAAGUGGGCCGAACUACAUCUUACACCUUCCCCGGUCACAGGCGCCCCCUGCUGGAGGUUUAAAAUGUGAAACUGUGAACCCAGAGCUGAGCCAAACUCCUGCUUCUCAUUUCACACCUCUUUUUGUGAUUUUGUCGGCCUCGUGAGGGGGAGGGGGGGCAGACCCACAACUUGUCCCUUCGGACAGAUCGAACUUCUACUGUCCUUUGAAGAGUGCAAGAAAUGGAGAACCCAGACGCCUAUAACUUAUUUUAUUUUAAUAUUAUAUAUAGAAAGAUAUAUAUCCCAUGUGUGUGUAAUAUAUAUUAUAUUAUCACAAUGCAUUUAUCAUGUGUCUUAAAAAAAUAGCAAAAAAAAAAACCCCACAUUAUGAAAGGGAAGGAACAAAGGCCUUUUGUGUAGAAUUUGUCGUACACAACCGGAAGGAAUUUUCGGCUGCUUCCGAAAUCAUUCAUCUUUGUGCAAUUUCGCUCUUUUUUUUUUCUUCUUCCGUUUUUAAUUCUUCCACGUUUCCCGAUCACUAACUUCACUCCUACCUGGGAAGACAAAAACGGAUAAUCAGAUUUAUACCGGUAGGUAGGAAAAAAUAGGAAAGCCGCACAAGGGGUUUUGAACGGAAGAAUCCACGAUUUCCGUAGGGGUUUUUUGUUGUUGUUUUUAACCUAGUUUGUCCCAUUUAAUUUGUUUAAAAAAUGUUUUUAUUAUCGUAAAAAACAGGGAGAAAAGAUUUACCUUACGUAUAAAGUAUUACACAUUUUGCACAGUUAAAUAAUGAACCUUUAAAUUUAAAAUACAAUUGGAGAAGAGGAUAAAAUCUCUUCUCAGUGAAAAAUCUCUGGACCAGCACAUAAUUAUAAGGAAUCUUUCCACCCUUAUAUUUUGCAUUUUUUAAAAAAAAAAAUAUUUCCAUUCCUUAAAGCAUAUUGUAUGUGUUUGUGUAUGUGUAGGUCUGUCUCUCUGUCAUUAGCUUAUUUCUGCAUCUCUCUAGCCUUCCGUUUUUUGUGCGAUCCUGUCUUGCGUUCUAAACGAAAAUGGCAAAACUUCUCUGUUUCGCAAAGACGAAUUCACUGACAAUUUAGAAAAAAUAAAAAGAGUAUUAAUAAAGCAAAUGGGGCAUAA